UGCAGCAGUCGUAGACAGGUGUUAUUACAGAGCGGGUCUGAGAUCAGCUGUGGGACAGAGUCAGGGGGGAAACAACGUGCAGUAUGGGGAAGUAGAAGUACAAGUACAAUGCAACAAAGAUGACAACAGGCAGCUCAACCAGCAAUAUCUACUCUCUCCUGGACUUGGUCCGUACAAACAUAGUGUCGUGCAGGCAUUGCAAUCACACCUACAAGGACCCGCGCAUUCUCCCGUGCCUGCACACAUUUUGUCGAACAUGCAUCCUAGAACUAGUCACAACAAAUGCAGGUGGAAAGACCGCCAACACCAAAACCACCAAGAAGGGUUCUCCAGCGUCAACCACCACUACUCCUAACACCCUCUGUUGUCCUGUUUGCAAAGAAGUCAUCCAGCGUUCCAGAGAAGAUGUCAAGAAACUGGACACCAACCCCUUCCUGGAGCACCUGCUGGAGAUCUGCCACUGCCAGGACGACCAGCCAAAGCAGUGUGAAUACUGUAAGUUUGACAAGAAGGAGGCGGCGGCCACGGCCAGGUGUCUGGAGUGCCAGGAUGACAUGUGUGACCACUGCACAGAGGCACAUAAGAGAACCAAGCUGACCAGGAACCACAAAGUGGCACCCUUCAAAGAGAUGCAGCUGGGUAAAUAUGACGAGGAUAUAAGGUCAAACCAGCAGAUCCAGUGUCCCCAGCACAAAAAGGAACCCAUCACCCUGUUCUGUACCCAGUGUCAACAGCUGGUCUGCCGUGAGUGCAAGGUCCACGCCCACGACAGCCACACUUGGUCCAGUCUACAGGAGGCUGGUCAGCAGUAUGGUGCACGCAUACAGACCCUACUGGACACUAUAAAGAAUAAGAUCCCUGGCAUAGAAGAGUACCUGAACUAUAUGGAGACAUACACAUCCGAGCUGGACAAAAAGAGAACAAAGACUAACGAAACCAUUGAAGAACAGGCGGAAACCCUGAAGGCAAUGAUAGAUGAUCACAAGAACGGCCUGCUGAAGGAAGUGAACGAUGCAUGCGAUAGCGAGCUGGAGCAUGUGAGAUCGAAGCGCGAAGCCAUCACGGCCACCCUGCACUCUCUGCAGUCCCAUGAUCAGGACCUCCAGAAGCUGGUACAGUUUGGGAAAGGGGAGGAGAUCCUGCACCUGCAAAAACAGGUCACCAAGAGACUAACUGAACUUAUAUACCUGGAGAUUGACGGUCUUAAAAGCUCUCUCUCCAUUGAGUUCAAAGGAGGCAAUGCCACUAAGGAGAAUGUGGAAAUCCUUUUUGGUAAGGCAGAACUGUGUGGGCUAUCAAUGGGGAAAACUAAUAUUGGAUCCUUGAGCAACAUUAAAGUUCCCAUGUCCUCUGUGUUACCCAACAUAUCUGGCAGCCCUGAGCUACAGCUGGAGUUUGAAUGCAAAGGUGUGUACGACCACAAGGAGAUCUGGCCCAGUGGUAUAGCUGUCAAUCAGAAGGGAGACAUGUUGGUGGUGGACAGGGACAACAAGAGGAUCAAGGUGUACAACUCCCAGGGGAAGUACCUCAACGACUUUGGCGGGAUGGGCAAAAACAUCCUGUGGUGUCCGUACGACAUCGCCAUCAUGAAGAACGGCAACUUGGCUGUGACAGACAAUGAGAAGGAAGAUGUGAAGAUUUUCUCUCCUCAGGGGGAUGCGGUCACGAUCAUUCAUAGCCACUUCAAGCAUCCUAGGGGAAUUGCCGUCAACAGCAAGGGUCAGCUGAUAGUGGUGGACUGUGGGAUGAGAAGACUGACCAUCCAUGAUCCAGACACGGGACACAUCGUCCAGACCAUCCCAGCCAAACAGGAGGACAGUCACAACUACUUCACUGACCCGUACUACGUGACUGUCACCAGCAAUGACUCCAUCAUAGUCACAGACUGGGCCGCUCCAAAUAUCAAAGUGUUCAACUCGGAGGGGAAGCUGAUCGGGGAGCAUGGCACCUACGGAAUCCAGGAGGAUCAGAUUCUGGAACCGUACGGUGUGUGCACAGAUGCCUUCGGAUACAUCUUCGUGGCAGACAACCUCAAUCAUAGGGUCCACUUGCUGUUGCCCGAUGGACGGUUCAAGAAGUUUAUCUUGACCAAGCUGGACAAACUGUGGCACCCUAUGGCGUUAGGGAUUAACCACCGCGGAGAGCUGGUUGUUACAGAAGCAUUAGGCAAGGUUAAAGUCUUCAAGUAUUUGUGAAGCUAGUCAGAAAGAAAACUAUUGCCAUAAAUAACAUUUGGAACUUUCAUGCUGUUUGAGAAUCUGUUGUUUAUCUUUUCUUUUCAAGUUAAGCGUUUUCAUAGCAAUCUCAUCAAGAGAACAAAAAUUGCACACAGCUGCCAUAAUUGUUCCUAUAAACAUAAAUGUUGAAUGUGAACAUGUAGUUCGUGUUCUUUCCAAAUGAAGCGUUCUUCUAACAAUGGUUUUGAAGUAUGAUUUUUGAACUAAACAUGGCUGCAUAUUAAUUCAAGUUACAGAUGUUUUUACUCUUAUUGCUCAUUUGUUUGUUUGUUUCUUUUCUUUUUUUUUUACAAUAACAUAUUUUGGUUGCGCCUGCUGUUUGCAAUAAUACUUGUUGCUGCAAUAUCUUGGUGUAAUUUUUACAAAAUUAAGAACACAAGAACUUUGUAUUGUGGUAAAUAAAUUUUUGUAUAUGAUCAUCA